CACAUAUCCCCCCAAUCCCUGCAAUUACUACUCUUGGACCUUUUGUUACAGUAUGGCUCAUGUAUUUCGCCGAAGACUUUGAUGCGCCCUGCAGUCGAAGGGAUACAGACGAAGUAUUAACAAGGCGGCGGAAAGAAGGCUAUGUCAUGCGAGCGAUCUGGAAAGGCGACGUUAGAAAACUCACAGACAUCAUCGCGUUUUAGAUGAUAAUUGAUAAUGCACAUACGUGGGCAACCCGAGUCUUCAAGCCCUUGAUCUCCUCGUAUAUCGAGCAGUGGAAACAUAUACACAGCGAGCAAAAGACAGGCAGGGUGGUCCAGGACCUACUCCUGGCGGGUAAAUCACAAGGACUUCGUCAGAAGAAUAUUGAACAGCGAAGACUCGUCGUGCCCAUAGUUCGAGAUCUACUAGAUGCCCCUGCUGGGAUGGAAUUAGAUGAUAUGGCACAUAAAAAGGUCACGCCAUUGUUCCUUGGUAUGCUUAUGCAUCAGAUAUGCUCCACAGAGAGAGACUUCAUUUCCAGUCAAAUCGAGAAAGCGGUAACGGAAAGGCUUCAGGUUAUUGUCACAAAUGGCGCCACAGUUACUACCCAAGUCGAUGCUCUUCACCGAGUUGAAGCAACAACACAAUUACCUCUCCGGAGUGAACACGAAGAAACAAUACCAAGCGCUGAUUCGUCGCAAGAGACUCAAUUUCCAGAAACUGACAAUGACGACCCGAAUGACUCUGAUUACAGUCCUCCACGGUCCCAAUCACGAUCAAGAUCAACUUCAGACGCACACUUAUAUGAUGAAGAUGCUCGGUCUGAGGUUGCCAUUUCUAUAGCUUCUGAUUCAAUCUCUUCAUUUAGAUCCUUUUCAAACGACACAACGCUCGUAUGGAGACCUCCGAGUAAUCCUGAAACACCAAAGGUUGGACCAAGUAGCAAGCAGGGUUCUGCAAGACCAAACAUGCUUCAUCGACAGUCCUCACAGCCAUCGGAGGACUCCAACGACGCGACCCCGAAGCCGAGCACGAUGGGGAAUGGAAUUGAUUUCAAUUUUGCAUUUGAAAGUCCAGGUUCGCCACGUGCAAGUUCGCAUCUUGAGCGACUGGGAAAGAAUAAACUCGAUGGGUCACCAGUGUUCGCAGGUCGAUCGCCACCCAGUGAACCAAAGUGGCCGCCGGGACGAAGGUUUGCCCAGUCAAAGACUCGAAAAUCUCCCCAGCAUCCCAAGUAUGGGAGUGACAUAAGCCCAUCUCCCCCUGAAGGUCCUAUGGCAAAACUGUACAUUGACUUGGCGAGUAAUAGCCAGGAAGACCCCCCAAAUACCAAGGACUAA